UCGUCUGACCGCUGUAGGUUAGUUAGUCGUCCCUCUGCAACGUUACAGGAUGGGUGAUCUACGUAAGGCUCGCCAUAGUACUAGUCUUCCAUUAAAGAUGAUGUGGAAACAUCGCAGGCUGAUAUCGUCGCUGGUUGUUCUGUCCUUUGCUGCUGGAUGCUUCCACUUCGCCGGUUACGUUUCUUUCUUUUUCAGAGCAAUUCAGUACACGAACGAAUUGGCUGAGAACCCGAAACCCGUUGCCAUUCACCACAACCGCCAAGGGAGGAACGAGAGCGUGGCCUGCGUCAUAGAAACUUCUCUCGGAGAUGCUUGCCAUGGAUUGGGCUUUGGCGCCCUCGUUUUGCGGGCGAUAGACGACAUUACAACAUGUCUUGCCCGUGGAUUCGUUCCAACAGUCAUAUGGACAGACUGUGACUACUGUGGGCCGCCUGGAAAUGGACAGAACUAUUGGACCUGGUACUUUGAAGGGAUGAAUGAAGAUAUAGUACAGCAAGCGAAGACUCGGGUGUGUAUGGCGCCCUCAAGGUUUCCUUUUAGCGGUCCUUCGCCUUACCUGACUCGAACAGGAGCAACGGGUGAAUUGAUAGACUGCCGGUUUGCCGACUUAGAAAACAAGAUGACGGACUACCAACCAAUAACAGCAGAGAUCCGGGCUCUUGCCAAUCACGUCAUAUCAGGUUAUCUCCAGCCAGCCGCUAGGAUCAAGACCGCAGUGGAUACUUUCUACCAAUCCUUCAUGGCAGACAGUAUUAAUAUAGGUGUUCACGUGAGACUACAAUCAAGUCACGCCGAAGAGAUGACAUUCUUUGACCAGACAGCUCCAGAACUACAAGACUUUGUUCAAGUUGUGCAACGUCUCAUAAAUGACAUCAAUGCCAAAAAUGAGGGCAGAGAGAUUCGCAUAUACCUGGCCUCUGAUCUUGACGAAGUUAUUAAGGAAUUCAAAUCCAAUUUUGGGAACAAUAGAGUCUUACACAUAGACGCCUUCAGGGGGGAAAGUUUGGUUGAUGAUAGGACAUUUGAAGGCUCUCCGAAUCUAGUGGGUGACCAGGUGUUCACUGACAUUUUGUUGAUGUCUAAGUGUGACUACUUUGUCCAUGAUGAGUCUAAUAUUGCUUCAGUGACGUACUAUUACAACUCCAACCUUAAGAGCUACUAUGUCAGUGGAGACGCCUCGGACUUCAGACGACUUAAUGCGCAACCUCGUUUCGAUUCUGAGGAACUUUUUCGUCAGGCCGUUGCCAGGGAGACGCGCAACAUAAUCCUACCUGAUUGGAAGCAUGACUCACUUUGGGCUGGUCUUAAGGUCAGGGUUAGUUUGCUAUGGGGAUUUUUGUUCACAGAUGUGAAAGGAUACAGCGACGACCUGAAGUGUUUCUACAAGAACGUGAAAUGGAGCAAAUGUCGCAGGGAGUUUUUAAGAUCGAAGUUUGCCAGUGAUAGUGACAUGAAGGAAUUGAUGGGUCUAUGAAGUUGUUGCAUGUUCCUAACUAUGUAUGUACACUCAGUUUGUUGUUGUUCGUCCGUCGUUCUCGAGGAUGACGAAGACAUCACGUCAGCUUCUGUGUGUCCGACUGUGGCUCACCAGUUCUAUACCGGCUUUGAAAGCUUUUUUGCAUGGUUGAGCACACUGCAUAUAUUUUUUACAUGUAACAAAGUGUAAUUACCUUAAUCUGACACUAAAGUAAUAAGAGUUAUGCACAUGAAGUAAUGUCUGUAAAAUCAUUGUAUACUGUACCGAAAUACCAAAGUCUGUUUGUUGAUUUUCAUUAAAUGAGGCAUUUGUGGUAAAAAAAAUUGUCGGAUAUAAGGUUCACUGCCAUUGAUAUAAACCAUAUAUGGAUGAUUAUACCUAUAAGUAUAAUUAUGUAUAAUGUCGAAAGGGUUUAUGUAUAAUUGUGCACUAGUGGUGAAAAGGGAUAUUUAGUAAUAGAUAAUUAUGGUAUAAUUAUAUAUAAUUAGACUACCCCAUAUAGGGA